AUGUGGUUUGAGGUAAAAGCUGAUUCUGUUAGUAGGGAUCUGAUGACGCUUGGACCUGGCAAUGAAGAUGCAGAAGACAUUCUCUCUUCGUCUCUGGAGGCCUUGUACGAUUACUCACCCAUAACUCUCUCCACCGCCAACUCCAUAUUCGCCUUCAAACUGCCAAACGAUGGACCCACAAUCACACUCAAGACGCCAGAUACCGCAGCCGCAAACUGGUCCUUGCAUGCCUCAUCAGUCUGGGUUGCCUCUCAUUUUCUGGCUGAAAACAUUUCACGUCUCGAUAUACCCGCCCACGUCACGCGAUGUCCAGCCGGAAAGCGAGUAAAACUGCUCGAACUUGGUGCCUCUGCGGGCCUUCCUUCAAUCGCAAUCGCUAAGAUUCACAAAGAGCUCUCUGUGGUUGUGAGCGACUACCCCGAUGACCUACUUAUUCAAACGCUCGCCGAUAACGUGGCGUCAAACGGGGUAGCAAGUAAUUGUCGUGCGCUGCCCUAUGGGUGGGGCACCGAUCCCUCCCACCUUUUCUCGCCAGACGGAGACAAAUUCGACCUUGUCGUUGCCGCAGACACGCUUUGGAACCCAGAGUUCCAUGGCAUUUUCAUAGAGUCACUCAAAUCCACACUCAAGCGGUCCACUGAAUCGCGAGUCCAUAUAUUUGCUGGUCUGCACACUGGGCGAUAUACCAUCCAGGCAUUCUUGAACUUGGCUGUUGCGUCAGGUUUCGAUGUUCAAAACCUGGUUGAGCUGGAGAUUAACGGUAACCAGAGCCGCGUCUGGUCCGUGGAGCGAGAAGGGGAUGACGAGAGUCACAGACGCAAAUGGCUGGUGAGUAUGACAUUGGGAUGGAACGAGGUACAGAGGCGAAAGUCGUGA